AUGGAUUAGAAAAAAAUUGAGACUCUUAUUUUGGAAGCUUAGACAAAUCCCGACCCUGAUAUACAAUAUAUGAGAGCUGAAGAACUCACAAAUGAGUUGACAAUUUACUAUGGAAAAUCGGAAUAAGGGAUGGAAGAUGAAAAGAAUCAAAAACUUAUUAAUAAUUGCUUUAAAGUAUUUUAUUAGCAUUUAUCAUCUCAAUAUAGAGAAAUUUAAGGUAUUAUAAUUUAAUAUAGUAAAAUAGGAAAUGCAAUUAGAUAAUUUUAAAGAUUAGCUCCUUUGAUGAGAUCAAAGGAAGUAUCAUAUAUUGCUUUAGAAUUAUUGAAGUCAUCAGUUGAAGGAAUGAAUGAUGCAAGAGAAAAUUAUCACAUUUGCCUUUAAGAAAUAGUAGAAAAGAUUCCAAGUCAAGUCUCAGGUUUAGAAGAAAUUUAAGAAACAAUUAUUUAAAGUAAGUCUAAUCAUAGUAUAAUAGAAUUGGGUGAAUUGAAAAUAAAAGUUAAGAAAUUAUAGGUUUCAAAUUAAAUAGUACAUUAAGAAAUAUAAUAAAAUGUUGAAAUAUAGGCUGAACUCCUUAAGAUAUUAAGUUUGAUAAUGUCAAGAUGGCCAAAAUUAUAUUAUAAAGACUUUGGUGAUUUAUUAUUGGAUAAUAUAACAAAUUCAAAUGAAUUAUCAAUAAGAAAAAAUUCAUGUGUAUGUUUAGGUCAUUUGGGAGCAUGUUUGAAUCAAUAAAGUCUAAAUAAUUUAAUUUAAUCAAGUAAUAAAUUGAAAUUUAUGUUAUAAUAGAAAUAUUACCAUUUACUAAAGAUUUAAGUUUUGAUUAAUAAAAUUUCACAAAAAUACUCUACUUAAAUUAAAGUUUGAAUUAUUUGGCUAAGAGUUCUGGAAAACAUUUUGAUAAAGUUUUAGUUGAAUAAAUUUUUGAGAGAUACUUUUAAACAUAGAAUGAAUAACAUAAAAUAGAUUUAGAUAAUAUUAAUCAAUAUGCUGAGAUUUUAGAAAUUUAAUUACUUACGAUAAAUUAUUUAAUUUCUAAUUCUUAUGCUCGUUCAUUUGAUUUCUAAUUAAUUGAAUAAAUUACACCUUUAAUUGAUUUUGAUCCAUUAGGAGUAGCAUCAAUUGAAGAAGAAAAUCCAUAUGAAGAUGAAUAUUAUCCUGAUGAAAGUAAAUUUAUUUAAUAAACUUAUUAGCCACUGAUUCAACAUGGAGAGUAAGAAGAUGUACAUUAUAUACAUUCUAAGAAUUAUUGAAGUAUCAACCAUAAUUAUAUAAAUUAAUUUUAUCAGCAUUAUUUGGUCCAAAUCAAAUCAUUAUGAAAAGAAUCAAUGAAAAAAAUGCUGAAAUAAAAUUAUCUAUAGUUUAAUUUUUAAUUUGCUUAGUCUAAGCAUCUGCAAUUAUUAAAGAGGAUAUAAAUUUAAUGGAAGUUGAAUAACUAUCUUUAAUAAAGUAAAGAUCUAUUCCAGCCUCAAUAUCAUUAAUUGAAUUGGUAGAAUAGUUAUUAGAAUAAAUAUAAAAGAUCUUUUAAGAUUCUUAAGAAUAAUAAUCCUUAAAAUCUGAAUCUACUAAAUUAUUAUUAGCAAUUGGUUAAUAUUUCCACUCUCAAAUAUAGAGUUCACAUUCAUGUUUUUCAAAAAUUGUUGAAAUUAUUCAUUAAUCAAUUACUGGUUCUCCUAUGCAUUAUUCAAAUGAAUAAAAAGUAUUGAUAUAUAAUUAAUCAUAGCUUGCUUCUAUUUUAACAAUGAAAACUAUUCUUAAAAUUACAGAACCUGCUGAAUUUUAAGUCUAAAUUUUAUAGUAAAUGGUUUUAAUACUUCUUGAUGCAGUAAAUUAAAAAUAUAUCAGAAUUUAAGUAGAAGGUUAUAAUACAUUAGAAAUGAUUAUUGGAGUAUUCAAAUAGAGUUUUGAAGAGAAGACAUUUUAAUAGUCCUUAACAUAAAUUAAAUAAAAUUUAAUAAUAAAAAUAUAGAUUGAUAACUUAGAUUAAGAAAUUAAGUAAAGUUUAUUUUCACUUGCAGCUACAUUUUUCAGAUAUUUUGAUUCAAUAUUUUCAAAGGCAGAAGUUGAAUAAUUAGCUUAAAUCUCUUUAGUUAGAUUAUAGAUUGAAGCAUUAUAACAUAAUAUCAUAACUCUUGUUUAAUAUUUUAAAAAUCUAAAUGAUCCUAAACCUUUAAUUUCAAAUAUUGCUAAUUAACUUUAGAAAAAUGAUAAACCUUAAACAUAUAUAACUUUAAUUCAUUUAAUGUAAAACAAUAAAAUUGAUCAAUAGCUAGCAGGUGAUAUUCUAAGCAAAUUUAAAUAAAUUACAAUAGAAAACUAUGAUUUACAAAUUUAAACAUUAUAAGUAUUAAUUAAAGUUACUGGUAUAAAAUUAUCUGAAUAACUUAUAAGAGAAUCUGUUAAAAUUGGAUUGUAUCAAACUAAAAUAAAACAUGAUAUUGAAGAUUUCUUCCAUCUGAUAAAUUAAUCCUAAAUAAUUGAAUAAGAAGUUACUAAACAAUUAGGAAAGGAAGAAUUAUAUCCAGCUGGAUAAAUAUAUUGUUAAAUAUUAAAAAAUGUUCCUGGUUCACUCAGUUCAUUAUAUUCAUCAAUAUCAAUAAAUAGAUAACUAAAAUUAUCAACAUUAAGAUUUUUACAUAAAUAUUAAAAAGACCCAAAAGCAAUUGAUAUUUUGUGCCAAUUAAUUAAAGAUAAUUAAGAUUCUGAUUUAGCUGCUAUAGUAAUUGGUUCAGCUAUUUCUGAUAUUCAGUAAAUUUAAAAUCUGAUUGAAUAAUAUCCUAAUCAAUAUUAAUUUUAUUAAGCAUUAAAGGAAUUUACAGAAAUUAAUUCUAUUAAUAAUCCAAUAAAUAUUGCUAAUUAUAUUUUGAAAUAAGUGAAUGGAAAAGAUAAAACAAUAUCCACUAUAUGUGGUGAUAUUUUGGGUGGAUUUCUAAAAUAAAAUUAUUAAUCUCUAGAAUCAAUUUUAUUUGAGGGUCUUAAGAGUACUUCUUAGGCUGUUCGAUUUUCUUGUAUAUAAAGUCUUAAAUAUACAAAUCAAUGGGCCAACAAAGCAUAAGUAUUGUUAGAGAUGCUUUAAAAUGAAAAGGAUCUUCAAAUCCUAACUGGAAUCAUAAAGGCGCUUACAUAAAAUAUUCAACAUAUUAAAUUAUUUAAUUUAAUUCAAUAUUUAACAUAUUGUUUAAGAAGAUAUGAAGAAAAAGAAUUAAAUUUUGGUAAUUUUACUGAAAAAAGAGAUGAUGCUAAAGAUUUAAGAUCCCUUUCCUUUGAUUUAUUAGAAUUAUUCUUUGAUAUGUAAAGUUUUGAUAUGAAACCAAUUCUAACAGAAGUCUUUGAUAAAUUUAGUAAGUGUUUUUUUAUAUUUCAUAGAUGAGGAUAAAUAUGAUGAAACUAGAAUACCUAGAUUAAGAAUUAUCUAAAAGGUCAUUAAAAAAGACCCAUCAGCAUUGGCUGCAUUUUCUGAGAUUUUAAUUAAAACAUUCGAGCCUAUUCUUAAAACAUUGUAAUAAAAUUUACAAAAAUAAGAUCAAGUAAAAUAAUAUUAAAUAAUAUUAGAAUUUGGAUAAGGAAAAAGAAAAAAUCAAAUUAAUAGUUUCAAUACUAUAAGGAUUAAGAUAAAAUUCAAAAGAAGUGGAUGAUAUUUACAGAAAAUAUGUAAAUAAAUAAAUUUAAGAAUUUGCACGCUAAUGAG